GAAAUAUGGUCCGCAAUUGCACCCGUCGCACAUUAUUUGUGGUGGUGUUGAUUGCUCCGCCCCGUUGGGUAGUUUUAGCUGAGCAGAAACUGUGCAACUUGAUCUCAAGCCUGGUGAAGAACCAUGGGGGGGUUCACUCCUGCCUCUAGCCAUGCGUGUGAAAGAGUUCCCAGUCACUGAGUGCGCCGAGGAUACGAGCUAGAGAAUCACAGAGAGACCGCUGCUAUACAGAGAAGAUCAAGAAGCAAUGGGAGUUUGAUAAUAAAUUAAUAAAGUGACAAUCGUAGGCUACCGAAAGUGUUUUGUAUGGUCGUUUUCUAAUUAUUGUUCAAGUUAGUUUGAGAUGCAAGCAAUGGAUCCAAUAACGAAGUGGACACCAAAGCAAGUUGUCGACUGGAUGAAAGGCUUGGAUGACAGCCUGCAGCAGUAUGUGCCUAACUUUGAGCGGGAGAAGAUCAGCGGGGAGCAGCUCCUGAAGAUCUCCCAUCAGGACCUGGAGGAGCUGGGUGUGGCCCGCAUCGGACACCAGGAGCUGGUGCUGGAGUCCGUCGACCUGCUCUGUGCUCUGAACUAUGGAGUGGAGACCGACAACCUAAAGGAUCUGGUGGUGAGGAUGAGAGCGGCCACCAACGGCCUGCACAUGUCCACGUCAGACCACAGGAAGAGCCCGACGUACGACGGCAGCACUUCCCGGAAACCUCCCAAUAACUUCCUAACCUCUGUAGUGGAGCUCAUCGGAGCAGCCAAGAGCCUCCUGGCCUGGCUGGACAGUACGCCCCUGACUGGGAUCAGUGACUUCACCACCACCAAGAAUAAGAUCAUUCAGCUGUGUCUGGACCUCACCACCACAGUUCAACAGGACUGCACUGUUUACGAGAUGGAGGAAAAGAUCCUGGAUGUUUCCAAGGUUCUGAACAGCAUCUGUGACCAGACCAUGAGAACAACCUCUGACCCUCUGAUGAGCCAAUCAGCAUGCUUGGAUGAAGUUCAGCUCAACAACAUCAAGCCUGGGGAGGGACUGGGUAUGUACAUCAAAUCCACCUAUGAUGGACUUCAUGUCAUCACGGGAACCACAGAGCAUUCCCCGGCAGACAUGACCAGGAAGAUCCAUGGAGGUGAUGAGGUGAUCCAGGUCAACCAGCAGACAGUGGUGGGCUGGCAGCUGAAGAACCUGGUGGGGAAGCUGAGAGAGGACCCUAAAGGUGUAGUCCUGCUGCUGAAGAAGAGACCUACAGGCACCUGCGGGUUCACACCUGCCCCUCUCAAGAACAUGCGCUGGAAACCGCCCAUGGCGCAGAGCACCCCUUCCCUGAACAAAACCCAGUCUCCAGGCUGUUCCACAGACAGCUCCACCAAGGAGAAACCAGCCAUCCUAGACCUGUACAUUCCCCUUCCCCCCUCAGUACCCUACACCCCACGAUGUGUACCCCUAGAGGGUAAGAUCAGCUCGUACUCGAGCAUCAGUAAGAUCAGACCAAAGGGUUCAGAGUCGCCCAACUCCUUCCUGGACCUGGAGAGUCGAAAACGCUUCACCAUCGCAGACUACGAGAAGAUGGGCGUGGCCUACCCUAUCGAGGCCAAUGUAAUUCAGCCCAGGAUGAGAGAACGCAUCAACUCGUCUCGUGGUAAGCCCCGCCCCCUCUCCAUGCCAGUGGACACCUGUCUUGGAGUGGCAGACACCUAUGCUAAGCCCUGGACACAAGGCCGGAAAGGCGAGGAUCUCCUGUACAGAUACCUGAGCAACGAGCGGAUCCCCACCAUUGCUGAGGAGGUCCCAUCAGUGGCGCCGCCGUACAGGCCAGUGGGGGAAAAGCAGCUGGUCCGAGGGGUGGACCACAUCAGGGGCAGCCGCUACUAUGCCAACCAGGACCUCCACAACAGCGCCACCAUCCCCUACCAGGACCAUGACCUGGGCAGCAAAAAGACCCCCGUAGCCCCCGCCUCCAAACGCCCCCCUGCAGAGCCCUCGCUACUGGUCAGUUGGAUCACGCGGCUUAAGCUAUUGACUCAUUGAUGAUGCUCUUCCUGUCCGGGGUUUCCUGUUCCUGUCUGUCUCCUCCUCAGUGCCUUUUGUCCUCCGGCUGUUUGCAAUGGGCUCUCCCCUCUCACACUUUCUCCCUGCCUCCCUGCCUCCCUGCCUCCCCAGCGUUACUACUACUGUACUACUAUACCACCAUGAGUUAGUAGUUAACUCACUGUCUUCUGUUGCAUCACUUCUAACCAAUCCCAGUCCCCUACCAACCAAUCCCAUCACAGCUGCACAGUCAGAUAAACAUAGGAAUAUUCAGUGAGUUGGCUGCCACACCAGCACAUGCAUGCAAACUUGUAUUUGGAGGUAGAGGUUUUACCAAUAGGAAAUGUAUGUCUAUCUGUCUAUUGGACAGUUAUUCAGGUUUUUAGCACAUUUUGGCCUUGUACCUUCACAGGAACAAUUUUUAAAAAAUUAAAAAUUUAAGUUAUCGCUGAGAUAGGCUACUCCCUGCGAAAUUGUUACAUUUUAACUUGCCAAUGGUGUGUUUUUAUUUGAGAAAGAAAAAAUGCUUUUUUUCAGGUUUUGCUGUACUUGUAUUAGCUUUUAGCUGUUUAUUUCAUGUCAUGACCUUGUUAGCAUUGUUAAACUAUACACUGCCAGUGGUUGCCUCUUUUAAAAGCUAUGCAUAUAGGAACUCUUUACUGUCCUUUGACAGAUUGAUGUUGCAUUGGCGAGUGACAAAAUACUGUUUCGACGUACCAGUGAUUUAAUUUUCCCUGUGUUCAAAGCCAUGCACUCUUCUCUGUACUGUCCCAUGUCCUGCCUUGUUCUGGAGGCUGUAUACACACUGCUCUGUGAUCACCCUGCUCAAAGGAUGCUCACAGCUGUUUGCCGACAAUUAGCCUUGUUAACAAAGAUGUGUAGGUUAAAUAUGUUUCUGGAGUCACUGGCUAGAAAGUCUUCUGUAAUCAGCACAGAUAGCCUAGCGAGAUACUAUGGAUGGCUUAUAACAAGAAUUAAAACACGAGUUUAACUGACAGUAUUAUUAAAUACCAUGAUGUCACAAUGUUUUUUUAAUUUUAAAUUUUAAAUACAAUUGUACCUUUUUUAUCUGCCUUUUGUAACAUUUCGAUAGUAUGUUAUUAAAGGUGCAGUUGAUUCCAGUUUUAAUUUGUUUUGUCUUUAUUUUAAUGUUUUUUUUUUUUUACUGACGAACUAGAUAAAAUGUAUUGUUAUAUUGGUACUUGUCCAAAACCUCUGAGUGUUAGUUAGAAUUGUCACUUUCUGUGUCUGUAUUCACCAUAGAGGAGCACUUCAGGGGCAUGAACCUAUUCCGGACUCUGGCCUAAUUUGCUUGACCUUUGAGAAUGAACUCUACUUCGGUUUUCGAAGCAUGUGGUGAAACUGGAUAGCCAAGCUAAAGUUACAUUCUCCCUCUGUCUCUGUGGCCAUGCUUAUUAUGCAACUGCAUUUAAAAAAAAUACUUAAAUGAACAUAUGUUCUACUUAGGGAGAAUUAUGCAUAUGUCUUAUUGGACUGUCAAGAUAUCUUGCUUGACAUAUGCAGACUUUUAAUCCCCUGUAUGACUUCACCUACAUCUGAAUUACACUCAGGCUCACUCAGACUUUUAAUCCCCUGUAUGCCUUCACCUACAUCUGAAUUACACUCAGGCUCACUCAGACUUUUAAUCCCCUGUAUGCCUUCACCUACAUCUGAAUUACACUCAGGCUCACUCAGACUUUUAAUCCCCUGUAUGCCUUCACCUACAUCUGAAUUACACUCAGGCUCACUCAGACUUUUAAUCCCCUGUAUGCCUUCACCUACAUCUGAAUUACACUCAGGCUCACUCAGACUUUUAAUCCCCUGUAUGCCUUCACCUACAUCUGAAUUACACUCAGGACUCGCGUUGUUCUUUUAUUUGUUACAAUUUAUUUAAAAAACUGGCAGACCAAUUAGAUUUAGAAAAUCAUAACACUAGAAAAGACACUGACUUUGGCACAUUUCUAAAUGAAAAUAAAAGGAAUGAUUCAUUCAUC